AUGGGUAGGCGAAAACUUCCAUCGAUUCCGUCAUAUCCUAGCUACUCAACUAUCCAAAACUACUCAACAAACAACUCGGCAUUGACCAGUAGUAAUACCACAUCCGGCUAUGCUUCUCAUCAAACACCAUCAAGCUCAAUUAUCGGUUCAGCUACUACAUGGACUGCUGGCCCAACAGGCAGUUCCACUAUUGACAAAAAUGCUUCCACUUCGACGAGGGUAUUUGGAUCAGCAACAAUUUUGGCCGGUUCUUCUACAUAUGAUCAGAACCCAUCCCAUCAGCAGCAUGUUCCAGUAUAUUUAUCUUCCUCAGCACCAAGCACGUCGUCUGCUCAGCUAUUAACAUCAUCAGCGCCAAAUCUUGUAUCGGCCGGCCCAAUAGUUGGUACGUCUGUACCAGCUAAUGGAAUGUCAACAUCAAUGACAUCUGGCCAGGCGAUUGCUGCACAAGGCUACAAUUCUGGAUUAGCGUUAUAUGGAGCGAGCUCAGGUGUGCCUGUUACUAAUGUAGAAAUGACGAGAAGCAGUUUCUAUACUGAACAGCCUGUUUCUCGACCAACGUCAGCGUUAUCACGCCCAUCAUCAGCAUUAAGUCAUAUAUCAUUAGACACUGAUAUUAUUUCCACGACAAGCCGUGGGGAUCCUGCAAUAGCAGCUGGAGCAACAUAUCAAGUUAAGCCUAAAACAGCUAUAAGACAAACUGUCAGCUCGUUUGUCACAAAGCAACAUCAACCUACACAUCAUCACCUGGUUCAACAAUCUGCUCGUAUUCCCAAUACGCUAGCACGAGUUUUACUAAAGAAGGAGCUGAAAGAAGCAUUGAAUCGACGCCGAGAAACAUUAGAAGCAUGUGAAAUUGAAGCAAGUCAACGUCAAUAUGUUGUACAUAAAAUGCUUGUCACUGGUCUUCUACCUGAAAAUCGUGAAGACGAUGUUCCUCGUGUUAUUCGCUGUGACCUUCCUGAAGAAAUUAUACGUGGUGCCCGUGUAGUACCCGUACAGCCGAUGUCCAUGCAUCUUCCUUCAACGUUACCAAAACAGCAACCAGUUGAGCAGCGUAAAAGUCGAGAUCAAACAACUUCUACGAGCUUCCAAGUAUCUUCAACUCCAGUUGUGCCACCCAAGCCACCUGCUCAUGCUAACAUCUCUGUUUCAAGCAAUACCGCAGCUUCAACGGUCCCACAUCAUCAUCAGCAACCAUAUUUCUCAACUUCCUUGCGUCAGCAGGUAGAGACAGACAAAUAUCGAUAUGCUCAACAAAAACGAACUACGGAGACCCAGACAGAUAUGGUAACCAACGAUGAUUCUGGAGGCUACGCUAGAGUGCCUUUGACCAAAGAAAGAAGCUUAUCAGCUGAGCCAUAUGGUUUACGCAAUCCUGCUCGCUGUUUUGAUGCGACAGUACAAACGCAAACAGAUUUGUUAGAGGCAACUCGGAAAUAUUUCGAAGAUUACGACCGCCAACUUAAAGAGUUAACCGAAAAGGCUAAACUCUCUUCUACGAAACAACGAAGCUUCGAAUUCCAUGAUGAUGACUCACUGUCACGAGAACAGAGAAGACAACAAUUGAUGGAAGAACUUUCGAGAAGACGAGAAAGGCUGUGGCAAAACACUCAACUUCCAUCAGAUGCCUUGCCAUAUCGAGCUCAGUUUGCAUCAGCACUUCAAAGCUCCGAUUAUUCAUCAGUUGUUCCACAUUAUGGUAGUUUGCCUCGUAUAGAUUAUCCAUCUACGACACCACAAAGACGAGACUAUACUUAUCGUUCAACCUCUUUGGUGGGCAAUAACUAUGAUCCUUUAUCUGUUGGUUCCUCUGCAUACGACCCAUUGGCACCAGCGCCUUCCGCUCGUUUGUCCCGUCAUCAACAAUGGACAUCAGCAGGUUCUUCAACAUCAGCAAUCAGCGGACGUCAGCAUGCUUAUAAUUAUGGAAGUUUACCCAGAAAUUAUGAGCGUUGUCUAGGCCAGCAAGAACCUAUUCAGAUUGAGUACGAACAAAGCUUUGGAGGAAAGCCAAACACACGAUCUCUCUUCGAUAUUCAUGGUAUUGAUAACAUGAAGGAUGCCUAUGGAUAUAAUGUGCCAGAUAUGAAUAAUGCUCGAUCGUUAAACUACUUAGAUCAGAUGCAUAUACAACCAGGACCAUCAGACCGCCUAUUAACUCUCGGACAUCAUUACGAUGGAACAACGAACUACGCAGAUCGCCUUAACAAUCGUUUGCCGAACUCAUCUAAUUGUUAUACUGAUGAUGCAUUUACGUUACCACCAUAUAAUUCGCAACAGCAAGACAUGCUGAGUCAAUAUGCUAAUUAUCUCAGUAGUCAGUUCCAAAGUAAUUUACGGUCUGUUGAUGGAGCCAAUAUGGCAUCCGGAUACUCAUUACCUAAUCCAAUGCCUUUGCUUUCAUCACGUUAUGACACGGGUCCUUUAUCAGAUCCUUAUCGUUCAACUCAGGCUAUUCAAAAUACUUCAUAUCCAGCCACUCGAAGAGUAAUGACAUCAAGAUAUCCUCAUUCAACUCUACCUUCUUCAAAUAUCAUAGCAUCAAAUCGAGAUGAGUAUUAUCCUGCACCAAUGAGUGAUCCUACUCAUGUUCCUCAAAUGAAUUAUCACAAUGAGUAUCGUAUGCCAACCUCUCAGGUUUAUAGCCGUAACGAGAUGAACUAUGGCUCUCGUCCAACACAUUAUCCUACCGAUUAUGGAAAUAUCGGCUAUCGUGAAGCCCUCGCUGGUCGUAAUGUUAUGGAUGCAUAUAAUCAGAAUAUUCAACAUCCUAUGGCAAUUCAUCCAACUCAACAGCACGCUGUUCCGCUACAUAAUGCUCGCAUUCCUACAUAUGCCUCCGAAACCACUCCGGCUCCCGUUUGGUCAUCGUCACAUCCAACUCGUAAUCAAACUUAUCAAGAUCAAAAUGAUGCAUUAUCUCGAAUGUAUGCGACAGUAGGAAGACGUCGACCAGGUACAUUAAACUCCUCAACGUCUUAUCAGCCCGAUAGCCCGUCAUUCAUAAUUGAUGGUCGUUAA